AUGUUGAUGAAACAUUAUUCCGAAGGGACAUGGAUGAAAAUUACACGAAUAGUUUUUGCACUUGCACUCGUGUUUAUGUUCACAUGGCAAUCAAAACUGGUUUCGUUGUGGAAUCAUUUGAACAGACGAUAUGAAAUUAACACGUCGUCUUUGAGAAGAUGGUCAGAAAAUUUCGACUUGAAAAUUUUUGAACUUUUCUUUUGA